AUGUAUAAAAUUAGCGGCGAAGGAACCGGCGUUUUUGUCGGCCAUCGUCUACUGUUGACCUGUUAUCAUGUGGUCAAACAUAAUCCUAUAGUUUGGAUACAAUAUGUCCGAAGCUAUGAUAAUCAGGUAUUAGUGACAUGUCCUAUGAAUAUGGCCGAUGUCCUGUAUGUAGAGCCGCACUUAGAUUUGGCUUUAGUACGGCUCAGGGAGCCGUCAUCACCAAUGUAUAAUACGUCGACAAUAAUGCGGAUAACUACUAGCCAGCAGACGAGUACCGAUUUUGGUGCACCUGUAGCUAUGAUCGGUCACGGCGGUGGAGAACGGUUUGCAUUGAACCAGGAGUUUAUCGAUAGGUCAUUGACUUAUGAAACCGAUAGGAGAAAGCAAACCUAUCUGAGAAAACGGUAUGAAUGGGACAUUAGGUCCAAUACACGACUAUUGGGUUUGAUUUUCUCUACACAACCGUUUUCGGGUAGUUUUACUGUCCAGACAGCUCUGCCCAGUGCUACAUAUAAAGCAAGAUCAAUGGGUAUAUUAUGUAUACCCAUAUCAAUGGUUUGGAUGACAUACCAUAAUAACAAGUAUAAGCCAUCGUUUAUCUGUCAAUCGUUUCAGACAACAUCCAGUGGUCGAUCAUUAGCUACAAAAACAAACAAUCGGUAUCAUUGUCUUAGAUCGGCAGCGCUUAUGUCGGUCAACAAUAACACCGGCGCCGAUAAUGGCUUCGAUAUGAUUGACCUGAAAACCCAAUGCAUCCGAUCGAUAGGUUUGGUUAUAAGACACCGAAUCAAUGAUACUAUUCCUAGCGGUCGAGGAACUGGCGUUUUUGUUAUCGACACGCAUCUACUGUUGACCUGUUAUCAUGUGGUCAAACAUAAUCCGUUUGUUUUAGUUCAAUAUGUGCGAAGCUAUGAUAAUCAGUGGUCAGAUGAUUCAGAUUCAGAUUCAGAUUCAGAUUCAGAUUCAGAUUCAGAUUCAGAUUCAGAUUCAGAUUCAAAAUCAAAAUCAAAAUUACGACAAAUACUACAGGUAUGUCCUAAUAAUAUAGCCGACGUCCUGUAUGUCGAACCGCACAAUGAUCUGGCAUUAGUACGGCUCAGGGAUCCGCCAUUGCCUAAAUAUAAUACAUCGACAACAAUGCCGGUGAAUACCAGUCCUGAGAGUAUCGAUUUUGGUUCACCAGUAGCUCUGCUGGGUCAUGGCGGAAACGUACGGUUUGCACUGCACCCGGGUAUGGUUAUUACACCCCAAGUAGACAACUAUUUGAUACCCAUUUCCUAUCAUAUAAGUAUUGUAACGUUCAAUGAUAAACUGCCGAUCGUAGCCCACAGUACUAUCACAUUGCCCGGCAAUUCGGGCGGUCCUGUCAUCGAUAGCAAUGGCCAAGUAUGCGGUAUUUGUAGGGGCAGUAUUCAUAGACGUGGACAGAUAUCGUUUGCAAUCGGCUCGCAAACUAUAAUGGAGUUUAUUACUAAAGCAUUGGCCUAUGAAAGUGAUGAUAGAAAGCACAAUCGUCUCAGGAAACGGUAUGAAUGGGACAUUGGGUCCAAUACACGACUAUUGGGUUUGAUUUUUCAUACACAACCGUUUUCCGGUAGUUUUACUGUCCAGACAGCUCUGCCCAGUGCUACAAAUAAUGCAAAAAAAAUUAUCGGCACUAAUGUAUUGAAAAUCGAUAGACAAGACUUCGAUAGUAUCGAUAUUAUCCGAUCGGCUAUUGUUAAUGAAACGGUAAUAACCGUUUCGUUUAGGUAUCCGACUGAUGGUGACAAUAGUAAAACAAGUAGAAAGAUGAGCACCCAAUCUCUUAGCCUCAAUACUAUACCAUCAACUGAUAAUCAGGGCAUUAGUAUUAUACCAUUAGUUAUUUGA